AUGUCGUAUACUAAGAUGACUUCAUCAGUAACCUUAUUACUCAUUUUUCUCAGUCUCACCAUCAAAAGUGCUUAUUCAGUUAAGUGCUACGUGUGCGAUAACUGCCUGAAUGUAGACCAGAAUACUGCAACUCAGGACAACUGUGGUGCGUGCCUUAAAGGUGGAAUUCCAAAAAUUUUCAUGCAGAGAAAAUGUGUUGAUACAUGUACAGACGCUGCUGCUAAAUUCGCAAUAAAAGAUCUUCUCGACUGUUGCACGAGUGAUUUAUGCAAUGAUGCCAAGAGAGUGAAGCCAUUUGUGGCUGUAACAAUAGUUAUUUAUGCUAUUUGGACAAUGAUAACUGGUCCUAAAUUAAACUGA